CAUGAAUGUUUACCGUGAAGCUUUGUCAUCCCAUGCCAAGGCAUACACUACUUGCAACGAAGCAGGAGCCUCCCGAUUCCACAUGCAGCGCACAUGUUGAUGUUUGCUUGUGACUUCGGCCCGCACCAUACAACAUAGUUGAAGCAUGCAUGGUUGCCAUGAAAUGCGAACAAGAGACAGGGUUGCAUGCAGGAUUCCUGAGCACAAUUCACAGACGCCAACGUGACAAAGUAAGUUUGACUGAUGAUCAAAGAGUCUCCUGGCCCCGGGUUCUUCCAGACAUGAUUUGCUUGUUUUUGUGGUUGCUGCCGGCCAGGGUGAUCCUCACUCUGCAGCUUCUGUGGAUGUUCCCAAUACUUUGGUUUAGUGAGGAUUUGCUGAUAGCUGUUGGGCAGCACAAGGAUGUUGCAAGGCAUGCGUGCUCAUACAAUCGGGCUGCCGCCUUUGGCUUGUUUUUCCUUUUCCAGCACCAGAACACACUGAGCUUCAUGCGGAACAAGAACAUGCCCAAUGCGGCCGCAUGGAUCGCUGGUGUGACUAGUACUUUGCACAUCGCAUGGGCCGUCUUGUUCAUCGUGGUCUGCGACUUAGGGAAUGAAGGUGCCGGACUGGCAAACUUCACCACUUGGACUUUGCAGUGCCUCUCAGGCGCAGUGGUUCUCGUUUGCAAGUCCUCCAGCUUGGGUGGCAACGCUUGGAAAUUGCUUGGAGUUCAGAAGGAAGGCUUUCAAGGAUGGAGGACGUUUCUUGCGAUUGGUAUCCCUGGCACGCUGCAGAUGUGUGGUGAAUGGUGGUUUUGGGAGAUUUGCGCCUUGAUCAUCGGCUUCUUGGGACCUACGCCUUUGGCUGGGCAUGUUACAACAAUCAAUUUGGUGGCCUUGCUUUUCAUGCCCACUGUGGCGCUGUCCAAUGCAGCUUCAACAGUUGUCGGAAACAGCAUCGGUGAAAUGCGCCCGAAAAAGAGCCGUCAGGCUGCUUGGACAGCCACUGGCAUGGAUUUUCUCCUGUGGACGGUUCUAGCGAUCAUUCUUUUGACGGGUGUCAAGUACGUUGUGGUACUCCUCACGGCUGACCCAGAUGUGCAAGCUAUCACAGUGCAACUCAUCAAGAUCUACUGUGUGGCCGGGUAUUUCGACAACAUCCAGAACGUCAUUGGUGGCGCCUUGCGUGGAGUCGGCAUCAAUAAAUUGCCUGCCGCAGUUUAUUUGGUUUGCUACUACUUGAUCAUGCUUCCAUUGGGCUGCUACAUGGUGUGGCCGCUCAAAAUGGAUGUGUAUGGCAUGUGGUGGUCGAUGGUUGUUGGCACCGGCUUGGCAACUUGUGCCCUUGCCAUCAUCCUCUACCGCGUGGACUGGGACAUGAAGGCCACCGAGUCCGAAGAGCGCCGUCUAAAAGACGGAAUGACCUCCCAAGCUGGCAGCUAGUGGAAGCGGUUGACAGUUGCUCCACAUUUUGCUUCCGCCAAAUACUGUGCCAGAAACUGGUGAAUUUUGCGGAGCAGUCGAGGAGCAUGUUGCACAUCAAAUCCAGCUAAGACACGUUUUGGAUCUAUUUGCAGGUAGACCUUGGAGAGUACCAUGAUGUCAUCGCUGUUAUGUUUUUGACCUUCGAUCAUGUUGUCCAGUGGGUGUCCUUGAUCCAUCGAAGAAGGACCAGGACCACCCUGGAUGCGAGCUCUUAAAAGCGACCACAAGGUUGCGCACGCAGCCAUUCCAAAAAUGAAGUCUGUCAGAUGUGGAUCAGUAAUCCAACGCUCGAAUACUGGGCUCCUAGAGGACUUUUGCCGACAUGAGGUUUGUGGGAUUGCAAUUGCUUUGGUCUUACCUUGUUUGACUGCAUGCUUCUUCAGAUCAAUUUGCGGUCAUCUCGGCUUUAUUGCUUGGUAAUGGCCUCAUAGCGAUCAGUGCGACACACAUGCCUCGCGACCAGCUCAUGGCUCAGCGCUGUAGCUGACCGCGGAGCAUUGGCCAAAGUCGCCCUGCCUUGCGAGAUGGCUUGUCAGAGCUUGACCUGCCUGGCCUAGGAUGCAGAUAGAUGCGGUGAUGACAACGGUCGUUCGAGUCGUUGGGAGCUCCGGACCCGGACCACCUAGGCCAUGCGGCAACCGGCGGCGAUGGUGUGUGUGUCACAGGUCGAAUCCACGUCAGUGCUGCAUAGAAGAGGGA